AUGGGCGCCGACGGGGGAUCCAUUCCGGAUCGUAGAGAUCUCGUAAAGACAAAGGCGUCGGCAGCGCAGACUGAUAAGGCGGUGUUGAGAGAACAGUUCUUCCUCUGCUCGUUAAGUAAGAGACCGCUCUCACGUCCCGUAGUGCUGGAUCCACUGGGUAGACUAUAUAAUAAAGACGCUAUACUCGAGUAUUUCAUCGAUAAAACAAAGUACGGAGAUGGAGAUAAAAUAUGCGGUUACCUAAAAAGUCUCAAGGAUCUCUUAACCCUCAAUCUCUCUCCCAACCCCGCUUACGCCCCUCAGGAAUCCAUCACCACAGCCCUCACCUCUGCUCGAGCGCCAUUUGUCUGCCCAUUGUCCAUGAAAGAAAUGACCGGAUCUGUCCCUUUUAUCGCUUUACGACCUUGCGGAUGUGUUUUCUCCGACGCGUCCAUCCGAGCUGUGACUUGCCCCAAUUGUGGAGCUUCUUUCAAUCCGACAUCGCCCACCAGUAUUCUACCUAUUAAUCCCACUCCAGAGGUACGGGAGGUUCUGUUAGAACACCUGCUCCAAUCUCGUGCAGCUGCUAAAGCUGCCAAAGGCAAGAAACGGAAG